CGUGACGUCUUUUGGUAAGCGACAGCGUCAUCUGGACUCGCAGAGACAGUUUGGGGUAACGUGAUUAUUUUCAACCCUGAAAAUGGUCAAAUCGGGGAAACUUCGAUCUGGGACGGGGUCGAAACUCAAACGAUGGAAGAAAGGACACAGUAGCGACUCAAACCCGCAGACGAGUCGUUUUAGACAGGCUGCCAAAAGCCGCUUCUUCAGCCGACCCAGCGGACAGAGCGAUCUAACAGUUGAUGCUCUUAAGCUGCACAAUGAUCUGCAGGCAGGUCCGCUUGAGCUCGGUGGCCGUAAAGAUGCCUGUAUGGAGGAGGAGCCUGAGGCGUUUUCAGAAAGAACCUCAGGUACCUUCCUCAGCGGCCUGUCAGACUGCUCCAACCUGACCUUCAGAAAGGUGCAGCGCUACUGGGAGUCCAAUUCCGCUGCUCACAAGGAGAUCUGUGCAGUGUUGGCAGCUGUGACUGAGGUGAUCCGUGGUCAAGGAGGGAAGGAGACUGAAACGGAGUACUUUGCUGCUUUGAUGACCACCCUGGAGGUUGUGGACUCACCAGAGUCUCAGGCGGCUGUGGCGUACCUCCUCAACCUCGUCAUGAAACGGGUUCCUGCUCCAGUGCUCAUGUCUAAGUUCUCAGACACCACCAAGGCUCUGAUGGACAUCAUGUCCAAACAGGCCACGUCUGAGACUGCUUCGGCGGUUAGAUGGAUCCUGUCAUGCCUGGCCACUUUGUUGAGGAAGCAGGAUGCAUCUGUCUGGACUUACCCGACUACUCUUCAGGCUUACCACGGCCUUCUCAGCUUCACAGUUCAUAGCAAGCCUAAGGUCCGUAAGGCAGCACAGCAAGGCGUUUGCUCUGUUCUCAGAGGUAGUGACUUCCUGUUUACAGAUGACGCUCCAACCCAUCAUCCUGCUGCAGUGACCACAGCCAAGUUUUGCAUGAAAGAAAUGGAACAGGCAGGAGGCAGCAAAGAGGACACCACCACACUUCAUGUGCUGGGUCUUCUGAAGGAGUUGAUGGGGGCGUUUCCUCUGGGAGCUGUCAAGUCCUGUUGUGAAACUCUGCUGCGAGUGAUGACACUCAGCCAUAUGCUGGUGACGGCGAGUGCCAUGCAAGCCUUUCAUAGGCUGUUCAGCGGGACGCCAAAUGCUUCAACCCUCUCACCGGAACUUAACGCACAGAUCAUCACGGCUCUGUACGACUACCUGCCCAGUGAGAAUGACCUGCAGCCUCUGCUGGCUUGGCUCGCUGUCAUGGAGAAAGCACAUGUUCACUUGGCGAGUUUGCAGAGUUCUCUGAGUUUGGGCCACCUCCCUCGCCUCUUCUCUGCUGCCAUGUCCUGUCUUUUGUCGCCUCACACACAGGUUGUUUCUGCAGCUACCAAUACACUAAAGACUUUGUUGGCUGAAUGUGUUGCCCCUCACAUGGAGGAAAUGGGCAUGCUCACCGCCACAGCCUCUGCAGGGAACCCCUCAUAUGUCUGCAAAAUGUUUCGUAUCGUAGAAGAAGGAUUGUCCUAUCGCUUCCAUGCCUCCUGGCCAUUUGUGCUGCAGAUCCUGGGUUGCUUCUAUCGAGCUGCAGGGAAACGAGCUCACCCCAUCAUGACCAAGUCCCUGCAGUCUCUGGCAGACCUGCGCUCCACUCCUCAAUUCCCCUUCAGCGGGGAGUUGGACCUGGCCGUAGGAGGAGCUGUAGAGAGCAUGGGGCCUCAAGUUGUGCUGGGUGCUGUUCCCCUCAACAUCACCGGCUACGAUGAUGACUUGGAGUUCCCACGCAGCUGGCUGGUCCCUGUCAUACGGGAUCACGUGAAGAACACUCACCUUGGUUUCUUUGCUUCUUAUUUCCUCCCUCUGGCUUCUACACUCAAGCAUAGAGCUGAAGAAUUAGAGCAAGCAGGACAGAAACUCGAAGCCAAAGUCUACCAGACGUUACAGAUGCAGAUUUGGACCAUGCUCCCUGGCUUCUGUACGUGUCCUGUGGACCUGCUGGCAUCCUUCAAAGGCAUCGCGCGCACACUUGGUAUGGCCGUUAAUGAACGGCCAGACCUGAGGCUCACAGUGUGCCAGGCUCUACGCACUAUUGUCAACAAGAGCUGCUCCACUGAGGAAGAAAAAGCUGAAGUGGGCCGCUUCUCCAAGAACUUCCUGCCCAUCCUUUUCAAUGUGUACGGCCAGCAGCCUGCCGCUGGAGAGUCCGGCACCUACAGGAUGGCUAUACUAGACACUAUCAAGGUCUACUUAACUGUCACCGAAACACAGAUGGUCUGCACGUUCCUGCAAAAAGCCAUCGACAGAUUGAGAAGCACCGACACCACUGAGUUCACACGGCUGUCAAUGAUGGACCUUGUAGUCGCCAUGGCUCCCUCUGUCGAUGAGGUCACCAUGACUGAAACCUUUGAACUGAUUAGGCCAUAUUUAGAGAACAAAGAGCCAGGUAUGCAGAAGAAGGCGUACCGUGUGCUGGAGGAGAUGUGCGGAGGAGAGAGGGAUGAGUGCAGAUCGUUUGUCGUGGCUAAUCUGGAAACGCUCAAAGUCGUCCUGCUCGACACUCUGAAAAAGGCCUCUUCACCAGCAAAGAGGCCGAGACUGAAGUGUCUGAUGCACAUUGUGAAAAGGCUCAAUGAAGAACACAAAGACUUUAUUACAGCGCUGCUGCCAGAGGUGAUUAUAUGCACCAAGGAGGUGUCUGUUGGAGCGCGUAAGAAUGCCUACAACCUGCUGGUGGAAAUAGGAAGCGCAUUUGUCCGCUUCUGUGGGAACACAAAAGACGCCAUGGAGCAGUAUUUAGUGUUUGUGUACGCAGGACUCACAGGCUCCGUCACAAUGAUCACCUGUACAGUGUUGGCGCUAACUCGACUGGUGUUCGAGUAUAAAGACGCUAUAGAGGAGACCACCAGGGAGCAGCUGCUGCACAACAUCUGUCUGCUGCUGUCGUCGCGGACCAGAGAGAUAGUUAAAGCUGCCUUAGGCUUCAUCAAGGUCAUCCUCUUCAUCAUGGAUCCCAAGACGCUGGCAUCACAUGCCACUGUCAUGAUGGAGGGAGUUGGGAACAUCAAAGACGACGUGAGGAGGCACUUCAGAACCAAGCUAAAGAACAUCUUCACUAAGUUUAUCAGAAAGUUUGGUUUUGAGCUGGUGAAGAGCAUGCUGCCUGCAGAACACCACAAGGUGCUUGUAAACAUCCGCAAGGCAGAGGCUCGCACCAAGAGGAGGAAACAGGUCGCAGAGCAGCACGAUGAUUCCGAGAGCGAAGACCAGGAACCUAAAACAAAGAGCCAAAGUAUUGAGGACAUCCUUGCAGAGUCGGACAGUGAUUUGUCAGAGGAUGAAGGAAAGGCUCGUAAUGCUCAGAAGAAAGCAGGAAAACCGCAGAAAGCACGGGCCUGGCUCAAAGAAGGAGAGGAAGAUGACCCACUUAACUUCCUGGAUCCCAAGGUUUCCCAGAGAGUGCUAGCCACCAACCCAGGGGUGAAAAAGAGUGCCAAGGUUGAGCACGGCUUCAAGGUGACAUCAGACGGACGGCUGAUCAUCAGAGAGGAUGACGAGGAGGAUGGAAAAGAUAAAGAUGAGGGAGAGAUGAAAGAUAUUCUAGAAGAGGCUGGAGUGAAAAGUAAAAAGUCACAGAAAAGAAAGUUCAGAGAUGACAACUUUGAUGAGGAUAUGGACAUUGAACCCCAUCUAAAAUACAAAGCUGGGGGCUCAGGCAUCCACAGACCUCUGGGAAGAAGGGAAGAUGCUGGGGCAGACUACAAGUCAAAGAAAGGAAAAGGAGAUGUGAAGAAACAAGGAAAGCUUGAUCCUUACGCUUACAUCCCUCUGAAGAAGGCACAGCUUAAUCGAAGGAAGCGCGCCAAACUGCAGGGCCAGUUCCAGGGCAUGGUGAGAGGAGCCCAGAAAGGGGCGCUCUCUGGAAAGAAAAUGCAGAAGAGAAAGAGGAAAGCCUGAAGAACAUACUUGUUUUACUCAAUGGACUUUAAAUGCAUCAUGUGUGUGAGAUGGUGUGUUAACAUACUAAAAUGUAGACAUGCACCUUGGAUGUGUGUGUAUGUCUGUGUGCGUUUCUGACAGUCAUUGAAGGUAAAAUCAGUUUGUUUUUAAACUGUUUGUCUUUCAAAGCUCUCGAAAUACUCUGCCAUUUUAGCUUUGAAGGCCUUUAGCUGUCAAAAAAAAUCACUCAACUGUUAUCUGUUCAAUGCAUCAGAUAAAACUCCCAUUUUGGUAAAACAUAAAUGUAUUUAUGUGUGAACGCUGUCUGAUCUGUAGACGGACAAUAAGACUGGUUUGGGAAGAGUAAAGUCUGUCUUUUGUUAUUGUGUUAUUUGGUCACUUGAGGGCGCUGAAGACCUCUGGCUUGUUAAUGGUGAACUAGAGUGUUGCCUUUUUAAGAUGAUUAAAAAACAAAAACGACAA